AUAUGUUUCGUGUGUAAGCAGCAGGUGGAAAAAUGACGACGGGGGGAGGAAGGUGGAUAGAGAUGGGCAAGGAGGAAGGAUGAGAGGGGAAAAAGGAAGGCGGGUGCACAGUCGAAUGAAAAAGGUAAAGCAAAAAGGGGCGGAGUUUUGGGUUCGCAGGGACACCGACACCGAAACCGAAACAAGUUUUUUAUUUUUAUUUUUUUUUCCUUUUGUUAAAUUGUUCACGUAUAUUUUUGCGCUCGAUUUCCGUUGUGUCACUCGAUUCAUUUUGUAAUCCGCCCCCCGGAAUAGAAAAUACGAACGAAUCAAAAUCGACGAGAAUUUGCCUUUUUUUUAAAUUUUAAUAAUUUUUUUUUUUGCACGCCAAUUAUUUAUGGAAAUGGUGGACGGGAUGGUGGCCGAUCGACAGAAAGAGGUUGGAGAGCCGCCGUCGAAGGUUAGAUGAAAAAAAGGAAAGAGACUCACGCGCGCCGUGUGGAGGCAGUUCUUGUUGUUUGGUUCGGGCGUUUUGUCCAGCCCAUACAGCUACAACAUAUAGCUAUAUCCUCGUCCACGGACCUGAUGCUCACCUGGUUGUCUCCCCUUUCUCUCUCUCUCUCUCUUACAGUAUGUGUUGUAAAAAGAAGGGGGGGGGGAAUAGGAGAACCUACCUGUGUUUGACAAUAAAAAUGGGAGGCGGAGAUGGUGGGCGGCGAGGUGGGCUAGAGCUAUCUCCCGCUGGCUCUGCUGCUGCUGCUACACACUAUAGGUAGGUAGGUAGGUACCUAUUUUGCCAGGUAGGCAGCAGCGAGCCGGGUCACACACUCAAAAGAGGAGGCGAGUGGGGCGAUCCGGCUCACACGUCCACUUGUGCUCGUAGCGCUCGCAUCACCGUUAUUUGCUUCUUCAUUUUUGUCAUCUUUCGAUUUUGAAUUGUUUGUCAAAGCAAAUUCGACUCGCUCAGACUGUACUCGCCGAUCGACUCGUUUCAAUAUUUUCUCGUCAAACAUCUUUGACUUGUAGACCAGUGCUUCAUCUUCAUCGAUUGAUGACUUUUACAAAAAAAUAAAUUUUCGAAUUGUUUUUAGACCAAUUGAUUUCGGUUGUUGUUGUUGUUGUUGUUUGCAAGAGUGAAUGGUUCAACUGUUCGACACGAAGGUGGAAGGCUUCAACAGUUCGGGUCAAUCAACGCGAGUUGAAAGUUGGCCAUCAUCAGCAAUCAGCAGAAUCGGAUCGUUAUCGGUUCCGGUUUCUUCGCCCGACUCGGUUCCGGCGUCCGCCUCCGCCAACAGCAUCCAUCCCGUGCUGAGUCAGCCGAAUAGAAUGCUAGUGACAGACAGUGCGCUGAUCGCAGCAUCCACCACUCCGGCAGCUUCAGCCUCCGCCGUGUGGAAAAUGACGGAUCUUCCCGCUUCGACCGGCAGUUCUUCUCUUCCGCUCCCGGCUCAUCCGCAUCACCAUCCGCGCCACCUCCAUCCAGUCGGUGCAUCGGCUCCGAUGGUCAAUUUACGCGACUUGUAUGCCUCGGCGCCUUCUGGUUUGCCAACCGGAUUGACGGCGUCGACGGCGGCCGCCCACCACCAGAGGCUCCUCGACUUGUCGCGCUACUCGUCCGGUCUCAUCCGACCGGCUUACGAUCUGGCCGGACAUCACCAGCAGUUUCUGGCGGCCGCAGCCGCCGCCGCCGCCCACCACCACCAAGCCCAGCAACACCACCACCACCACACCCAGCAGCAGCAGCAUCAUCAUCAUCUUCCGGCGGCGGCCAUCGGCAGCGCCGCAGCCGGCGGUCUCUCCUCUUCCGCCGUCUCCAAACUGUUGGCCGCAGCGUCGGCCUCGUCCGGGCCGGCAGGUCACGGCGGCGUCAUGGGCGCCCGCCCGUCGGGUAUCAUCGGAGGCUCCAAGCCCAAAGUGGCAACCCCCACCGUCGUCUCCAAGAUCGAGCAGUACAAACGCGAGAACCCGACCAUCUUCGCCUGGGAAAUCCGCGAGCGGCUCAUCUCUGAAGGUGUGUGCACUAACGGGACCGCGCCUAGCGUUUCGAGUAUUAACCGCAUCUUGCGGAAUCGGGCGGCCGAACGAGCAGCGGCCGAAUUCGCCCGAGCCGCCGGUUACGGCCUCUAUUCGGCUGUUUCGGCCGCGGCUGCCGGUGCUGGCGGAGUGCCGGGACCGCCGUAUCCUUUUCCCUGGGCCACUCCGCUCCAUCAUCACCACUGGGGACCGUCGAGUGCUGGAUUGACUCCGCCGUCGGUUUCCCAUUCGCUUCCGCCGGCCCUCACGACGCCACCGGCAGCUGCCAGCAGCCCUCACCGACCUCAGCAUCCGCACGGCAGCAGCAGUGAGAGCAUCAGUCCGCAAGCUUCGCCCAUCCAUCCUCAUCACCAUCAUCAGCUUCACCAUCACCAACAUCACCAGGGGCUCGGUUCCCUUCCGCCCGGAUUUGCCGCUUUCGCCGCAGCCGCCGCCGCCGCUGCUGCCGCCGCCAGAGAAUCCGGCGCCACUCCGCAAGGAUCGGCUGCCGAUUCCGUCCAGGGAUCCGUUUCGCCGACGGGAUCUCAUCGAGCCCGUCGAUCAUCUCACGAUUCGGCCUACGGUGGUCAUCGCCGCAGUCGCAGCCCCAGCGAAAGCCGCAGCCGCAGUUUCAGCCGCAGUCGUAGUCGCAGUCCUCUGCGUCAGCACUCGGCCGAUGCCGGUGCGGAAGAUUCGUCGGUGCGGGCGGACAGCGUGACGCCACCUCCGUCGUCCGCUCACCAUCCCGGCCGCGGCUCCUCCUUCUCCGCUUCUCAUCACCCGUCGCAAUCUCAGCUGUUGCAACAGCAGCAACAACACGCGGACGCUGCGGCCAGCCACCACCAGCAGCAGCAGGGGAAAUUCCGCCGGAAUCGCACGACUUUCAGCACCGGCCAGCUGCGAGAACUCGAACGCGAAUUCGAGAAAACUCACUACCCCUGCGUGGCGACGCGCGAACGUCUGGCCAGUCAGACGCAACUCUCCGAAGCUCGAGUCCAGGUUUGGUUUUCUAACAGACGAGCCAAAUGGAGACGCCACCAGCGGAUGAACCUGCUCCAGCCAUCGCAGCAUCCGCCAGGGUCGUCGUCGGCGGGGCCGCUGGAGUCGGGCCAACCGGGCCAAACAGCCAACAACAGCCAGCAGCAGCAUCCGCCUCAUCAACCGGAGGAGGAGGAGGAGGAGGACAGUCUGCCGGUGAGAGUAACUCCGAGCAGGAGCCGCCAGCAUCCGCCCAGCAUCCACCACCACCGCCACCACCAACCAGUAGCGCAGCACCAACUCUUUGGCAUCCGUGGGCAGCGGCGGCCUACGCCCGUCUCCAUCCGAGCUGGAUCGCCAACCAGCACCAGCAGGCGCAGCAGUUGUUCGCCGCUGCAGCGGCCGCAGCCGCCGCCGCCGGAAGAGACAUCCGCCGACUCCACCACAAAUGAAUUGACCCGCUUUCAUGAUGGCGACUAUUACUCGACGACGGGCGACGAUGACGAUCAUAGCGACGACGACGGCAAUUGCAGCGACAGUGAGCAAGAGAGUGACAUUAGCGUCGUCAGCAGUCAUCAGCACCGCCUAGAAGGAGGAGGAGAAGAAGGGCAACAAGAGGAGGCCCUCGAUCUGAAAAAGACCAGGAGCACCUCUUCGCCGUCAAGAGAAGGAGCAACAACAACAGUAUCCGGCCGAUGAUUAAUGCUUACGUGUGUGUGUGUCGGGCCCAAAAGCUCAGCUGUUUUUGAUGACGGCUCUUGUGCUCCCUUUGGCUGCUGGUCAUCAUCGGACCCGGUCCGUCCGUCGGUCUCCCUCUCCCCCCUUCUCAGCUCACUUUUUAAAAUUUUUAUUUGGGAAAAGAUAAAUCCAGUAGCACAAAACUGAUGGGAAGGAAUCCGUCAGCUUGAGCUUCUCUCCUCAUGACAGCGCAGAAUGUCCGACAUGACUUUCUGGCCUCGGAGAGUUUCCAACUGACCGACCGACCCGACCCGACGACGAGCGCCUUAUAAACUUCUCCUUUCAAACAAACAAAAAAAUAAUCAUAAAAAUAAUAAAAAUAGAAUGUCGUUGAUUUUUUCUUUUUCUUUCCAUUUUCUUCUUUUUUCUUUUUUUUUGAAUUUCCCGCCCAUAAUUGGGCAUGUCAAAGUCGCAGCGCGCGUCCACCUUUAUAUAGUAAAUGUUGUUUGAUUCUUCUUCUUCUUCUUCUCUUUUCGUACUAUUUUUAAUUUCAUGGUCUGUAUAUUUAUAAUAUCCAUAGGUGUGUGCACUGUGCAGUGUGGGUUUAAUCUCCUGUUUGUUUGCAAACGCCCACACAUUUUCCCGGGGAGGCAGCGUCGGCUUAAACGGCUCGAGAGACGCGAGCUUCCUUCUUAUUUUUCUAAAUCUCUCACGAUUUCUUUUUUUAUUUUCUUGUUUAGUUGUGUAUGCCUUUUUUUGUUGUAUGAUUUUUUUUUGGUUUUGUCCGUCCUCCUUUUUGGCCAUAUGUUUAACAGACAAUGAAUCAUAAUGCAAGCCGAGCCAUGCGGCAGCCAAUUCGGCGAAAUAUUCGCCGUGAAUGAUCGACUUAUUAUUAUGACUACCAAAACACACACAGCACACACUCGCACAGCAGUUGUAUCCGCAUUCGUUCGUGUCUCCAGUCAUUUUGUGUUUUCCAUCCACCUCCUCCUCCCCUUCCCCCCCUUUCACCUCCUCAUUCUUUCAAUGAAGUUAAAUACAGGAUUUAGA